AUGGAUUGUAUGUAUUUAUUGAUGUGCUUCUCACUCAGUCAACUAUUUUUGGAUACAAUUUUCGCUGCAGAAACACAUGAACAACUCUCUGGGAAGUUAAGUGAAUAUGGUCUUAUCGUGCCAUUCAGCACAGACUCCCGUGGCAGGUACAUCUCUCACGUGGUCUCUGCUGGAAACGGAAGUAAAGGUGCUGCAGCCGCUGAUGGCGAUGGCGAUGGCGCCUCGGCCUUUGGCACCAAAAGAAGGGUGGCUCGCAGUGCCCCCGAGAUGCCCCCGGUCACCCACGUCCCGGCGCAGCACUUGUUUUUCAAUGUCACUGUGUUUGGGAAAGAACUGCACCUCCGCCUGAGGGCCAACAGGAGGCUGGUGGCCCCGGGGGCUUUUGUGGAAUGGCAAGAGGACUUUGUGGAAAAGGCCAAGGAACGUAUCCACGGGGACUGUGUUUUCACUGGAGACGUGAGCGACAUGCCGGAGGCCUCUGUGGCUAUCAGCAAUUGUGAUGGACUGGCAGGUCUGAUCCGGACUGAUAAUGGGGAGUUUUUCAUCGAGCCCCUCGAGAAGGGCCAACAGGACGUGGAAGUGAAGGGCCGUGUCCACGUGGUCUACCGCAGGUCGGCCAUAAAGCUGGAGACGGGCCAGCGGAGGGAGGACCUCCACAAUGAAGUGGCAGACUUCGGGAUCGCAGACCUUCCUGCGGCUCUGGAUCUCGUCGAACACAAACUGUCUGAGUCCGAGCGCAAAAGGCGGCACGCCAAGAAGGACGACUACAACAUCGAGGUGCUGCUGGCUGUGGACGACUCGGUGGUGCGCUUCCACGGCAAGGAGCAUGUGCAGAAUUAUGUUCUCACUCUCAUGAACAUAGUUGAUGAAAUCUACCAUGAUGAAUCUUUGGGAACCAACAUCAAUGUUGUCCUCGUUCGCAUGAUAAUGGUCGGGUAUCGACAGUCCAUAAGCCUGAUUGAGCGUGGCAACCCCUCCCGCAGCCUGGAGCAGGUGUGUCGAUGGGCCAACACGCAGCAGCGCCGCGACCCCGACCACGCCGAGUACCACGAUCAUGCCAUCUUCCUCACAAGGCAAGAUUUUGGUCCCGCAGGUAUGCAAGGUUACGCCCCAGUUACAGGGAUGUGCCACCCACUGAGGAGCUGCACUCUGAACCACGAGGACGGCUUCUCCUCCGCCUUUGUGGUUGCUCAUGAAACCGGCCAUGUGCUCGGCAUGGAGCACGAUGGCCAGGGGAAUCGCUGUGCAGAUGAGACCAGUAUGGGCAGCAUCAUGGCACCACUGGUCCAAGCAGCUUUCCACCGCUAUCACUGGUCACGUUGCAGCAAGCAGGAGCUCAAUCGAUACAUCCACUCCUAUGACUGCCUGCUGGAUGAUCCCUUUGAACACAAGUGGCCCAAGCUUCCUGAGCUCCCUGGGAUAAAUUAUUCUAUGGACGAGCAAUGUCGCUUUGAUUUUGGUGUUGGCUAUAAAAUGUGCACCGCUUUUCGAACCUAUGACCCUUGCAAGCAACUGUGGUGCAGUCACCCCGACAACCAGUACUUUUGUAAAACCAAAAAAGGUCCUCCGGUGGAUGGAACAGAGUGUGCACCAGGAAAGUGGUGCUUCAAGGGCCAUUGCAUCUGGAGAUCUAGCCAGCAGCCUCAGGGCCACGAUGGGAGUUGGGGCUCCUGGUCAAAGUUUGGCUCUUGCUCCAGAACAUGUGGAGGUGGAGUUCGCUCCCGCAGCAGACAGUGCAACAACCCUCCGCCUGCCUACGGAGGUCGGGAUUGCCCCAGCUCUGCUUUUGACUACCAGAUGUGCAACACGGAGGAGUGUGCCGGCCCUUAUGAGGACUUCCGUGCUCAGCAGUGUAUCCAGCGGAGCAACAAAUACCACAAAAACAUCAAGCAUACCUGGCUACCUUACGAGCACCCAGAUGAGGCCCGAAAAUGUGAGCUGAGCUGCAAGUCAAAGGAUACGGGAGAGGUGGUGUUCAUGAACCAGGUGAUGCACGAUGGGACCCGCUGCAGCUACUCAGAGCCCUUCAGCGUGUGCGCCCGAGGAGAGUGUCUGCAUGUAGGCUGCGACAAGGAGGUUGGCUCCUACAAACAAGAGGACAAAUGUGGAGUGUGUGAGGGCGACAACUCCCACUGUCGCACCGUGAAGCUGACACUCACCAAGACGCCCAAAAAGAAUGGAAUGCUGAAAAUGUUCGACAUCCCAAUAGGAGCCCGCCACAUUGUUAUCGAGGAGAAUGAGACUUCCCCUCAUAUAAUUGCUGUGAAGAAUCAAGUUACUGGUAACUUCAUACUGAAUGCAAAAAGUGAAGACGCUGAAACGAAGACCUUCAUCGAGAAUGGCUUGCAGUGGGAAUAUUCUCUCGAUGGUGCGAAGGAGAUCCUGAAAGCAACUGGUCCUCUGCAUGAAGGCAUUGUCGUGCUGGUCAUUCCCCAAGAAGAAGACGCAAAAAUCAGCCUGACAUAUAAGUAUAUCAUACAUGAGGACCUGUUACCGCUGAUUACAAACAACAAUGUCCUUCUGGCUGAACUAGACACAUAUGAGUGGGCACUGAAGAGCUGGUCUCAGUGCUCCAAACCCUGUGGAGGAGGCAUACAAUACACUAAAUAUGGAUGCAGGAGGAAGAGUGACAGCCGCUUGGUACAUCGAAACUUUUGUGAAACCAGCAAAAAGCCCAAACCCAUCCGCAAACGCUGCAAUGUCCAAGAGUGCAACCAGCCCACGUGGGUGGUGGAGGAGUGGAGUCCCUGCAGUAAGACCUGCGGGAAGCUGGGCUACCAGACCAGGGUGGUGCAGUGCAUGCAGGCGCUCCACAACGGCACCAACAGGCCCGUCCACAGCAAACACUGCACCGAGGAUCGGCCGGAGACGAGGAGGGCCUGUAACCACACCACAUGCCCCGCCCAGUGGAGGACAGGGGCGUGGUCUCAGUGCUCAGUGACCUGUGGCGAAGGGAUUCAGCAAAGGCAGGUGGUUUGCAAAGCCAGCGACAACACCAUCGGAGAAUGCGAGGUCGAGAAGCCCGAAACAGUCCUCAUUUGCAAACUAAUUCCUUGCCCAGGACAACCAGGGUCUCCUCUCACCGUUGGAAUAAUGGAAAACUCCACAACAAAAGACGAAGCUGUGCACCAAAGGGCUCCUGAAAACCCUGUCCACAAAAUCUCCUCAAAUGAGCCGUGUCUUGGGGAUAAAUCCAUUUUCUGUCAAAUGGAGGUUCUUGCCCGAUAUUGUUCCAUCCCUGGAUAUAAUAAGCUUUGCUGUGAGUCUUGCAACAAGAAAGAAAACCUCGCCACACAUGCUCCUGACCUCCAAAACACCCAAGUGGCCUCAGUUGAACCUGACGCCUCCGCUCCGUCUCGUCCUGCAUUACUCAAGACUCCUCCCCCCGCUACGACCCAGAGCACGCCGCAAACCACUAAAGCUAUCGUCAGGCGGCUUCGCUCCACUGCCCCGGCGCCAACCACCGGCGCCGCUGCCGAAGCCUCUCCACCCACAGGUGCUGCUCUGCCCCAGGGGCCCACCAGCAACUCCCUUCUCACAGCUGGGAAAGGAGACCCGGAUCCUCUUCUACCUCCAGGACCUCCACGGCCCGCAGCGGACUCCAGUGGAGGUGCCUCUAAAGAGCACAGUCCAAACAGCACUUUAGGCCCCGUCGCUGCCAGGUCAAAAAGGGACGAUAUAGGAUCCGAGAGGGACUCGAGUCACAGAACCCUGUCAGCUCAGCAAUGAACAGUGAGCGGUGUUGUGAACGUGCUGCUCAGUGAGACGGU